AUGGCAGGCAUUCAGCAGCAACAGCUACCAAAUGAUAGUACAUUGCCAGCGUCAUGGCAUGGAUCAAGCAACCGCAUAGCAGCCGUUAAUGUGGAGGGGCAUCCACAACCUUGGGUUGAUGAUCAUGAGUCUGAAGACCCAAAUCACCAGUUUCUAUCACAUGUAGGACCUGGUUUUCUUGUUUCAUUGGCUUAUCUAGACCCUGGCAACUUGGAAACUGAUUUGCAAGCAGGAGCUAAUCACAGAUAUGAGUCACUUGCUGCAAACCUUGGUGUCAGCUCCGUGAUCGGGACAGCUUUUGCGCUCAACAUAUUGUUUAACAUCCCAGUAUGGGUUGGAGUUCUCUGCACAGGUUGUAGCACUCUCCUACUCCUUGGCCUGCAGAAAUACGGAGUGAGGAAGCUAGAACUGUUGAUAGCAGUGCUAGUGUUUGUUAUGGCAGCAUGUUUCUUUGGAGAAAUGAGCUAUGUAAAGCCUCCUGCAAGAGAUGUGCUUAAGGGCAUGUUUAUCCCUAAGCUGUCAGGCCAAGGAGCCACUGGCGAUGCCAUUGCCCUACUCGGUGCCCUUAUCAUGCCGCACAACCUCUUUCUCCACUCUGCUCUUGUUCUGUCUAGGAAAAUACCAAAUUCUGUCCGUGGCAUUAACGAUGCCUGUCGCUAUUUUCUGAUAGAGAGUGGAUUCGCGUUGUUUAUAGCAUUUUUGAUCAAUCUAGCAGUUAUAUCUGUAUCUGGAACUGUUUGCUCAGCCCAAAAUCUAUCCUCAGAAAACGCAGAUCGAUGUGGAGAUCUCACCCUUAACUCUGCCUCCUUCCUUCUUCAGAAUGUGUUGGGAAAAUCAAGCUCCAAAAUUUAUGCCAUUGCUUUAUUAGCUUCAGGACAGAGCUCCACUAUCACAGGCACUUAUGCAGGACAAUACAUCAUGCAGGGUUUCUUGGAACUUAAGAUGAGAAAAUGGAUUAGGAACCUAGUGAGUAGGUGCAUUGCCAUUACACCUAGUCUUAUUGUCUCAAUUAUAGGUGGAUCAUCAGGCGCCGGCCGAUUAAUCAUCAUUGCAUCGAUGAUUCUUUCUUUUGAACUGCCAUUUGCUCUCAUCCCACUUCUUAAAUUCAGUAGCAGUACCACCAAGAUGGGACCACACAAGAACUCAAUUUUCUUAGGAGUACCUAUACGUACCCCUUGUAUUUGGCAUUUGAAAGCAUGUGAGUAA